GCUGUCUGGCACCGGGUUAGGCCCCUCUAUCCGGGUCUUUCCCACACCUCCGCACUUCGUUAUCCGACCUUCGACCUCAGGAUCCGCGACGCGCACCCGCGUUCCGGAGAGCACUCAGGAGACCAGGAAAAUGGCCAUGGGGCUUCUGAGAGCCAAAAAAGAGGCAUUCGUGGCAUUCAGAGAUGUAGUUGUGGACUUCACACAGGAGGAGUGGACAUUGUUGAGCCCUGCUCAGAGGACCCUGCACAGGGAAGUGAUGCUGGAGACUUACAACCACCUGGUCUCACUGGAAAUUCCAUUUUCCAAACCAAAACUCAUUGCUCAGCUGGAGCAAGGGGAAGAGCCCUGGAGAAAGGAGGGAAAACAACAACUGGAUUUCUGGGCAGCAGGAUCAAAGCCAGAAAUUCAACCUUGUCCUUCCUGCCCUCUGAUGUUCUCCAAUCAGCAAGCCCUCAGCCAACACGUGUGGCUGAGUCAUCUCCCUCAGUUGUUCUCAAGUUUAUGUGCAGGAAAUCCUCUCAGUCCUGGAAAAUGCUACCCAGAAGAUCAGAAACAGCAGCAGGAUCAACUCUUUUAUCAAUUCUGCUCUGGUGAUAAAGAAAUAAUUCAAGAGAGAGAAGACUCCAAAUGCCUGUUUCGGAGAGUAAACAAAAGUGCCACUUCAAAGUUACCCUCCAUCUCACCUAAGGGACAGCCAGUAAGGUCCAAGGAAGACAACACAGUGGUGGAGGAUAUAAGGUCCAGCCUAGAAGGGAAUUCAACCCUUAAAGAAACAGGCAAAGUAUUGCAUGGUUUAGAAGUGUUGGGAUUUGGAGCAAUCAAAUGUGAAGAGUUUGGACCAGGCUUUAUCAAGAAUUCAAACUUACUUAACUUUCAGAAGACACACACUGGGGAGACAGCCUAUAUGUAUACUGAAUGGGGCCAAAGUUUCAGCAGUGUGUCAGUCCUCAUUAAAAACCCAAAGACACACUCUGGGGAAAAGCCUUAUAUGUGCAGGGAAUGUGGACGAGGCUUUACCUGGAAGUCAAACCUCAUCACACACCAAAGGACACACUCAGGGGAGAAAGCUUACGUGUGUAAGGAUUGUGGACGAGGCUUUACGUGGAAGUCAAACCUCUUCACACAUCAGCGGACUCACUCAGGGGUCAAACCUUUUGUGUGCAAGGAAUGUGGGCAGAGCUUUAGCUUGAAGUCAAACCUUAUCACACACCAGAGAGCACACACUGGGGAGAAGCCUUAUGUUUGCAGGGAAUGUGAGCGUGGCUUUCGCCAGCAUUCACACCUCAUCAGACACAGGAGGAUACAUUCAGGAGAGAAACCUUAUGUUUGCAGGGAGUGUAAGCAAGGCUUUAGCCAGAAGUCACACCUCAUCAGACACUUAAGGACACACACAGGAGAGAAACCUUAUGUAUGCACAGAGUGUGGGCGUCACUUUAGCUGGAAAUCAAAUCUCAAGACACACCAGAGGAUGCACUCAGGGGUUAAACCUUAUGUAUGCCUGGAGUGUGGGCAACGCUUUAGCCUGAAGUCAAAUCUUAACAAACACCGGAGGUCACACACAGGGGAGAAGCCAUUUGUAUGCACUGAGUGUGGGCGAGGUUUUACCCGGAAAUCAACCCUCAACACACACCAGAGGACACACUCUGGGGAGAAGCCAUUUGUGUGUAGGGAGUGUGGACGAGGCUUUAAUGAUAAGUCCACCCUCAUCUCACACCAGAGAACACAUUCUGGGGAAAAACCUUUCAUGUGCAGGGAGUGUGGUAGAAGGUUUAGGCAGAAGCCAAACCUAUUUAGGCACAAGAGGGCACACUCAGGUGCCUUUGUGUGUGGGGAGUGUGGACAAGGAUUUUGUGAUAAGUUAACUCUCCUUAAACACCAGAAGGAACACUCAGCGGGGAAGCCUCAUGUAUGCCCGGAGUGUGGGCAAGACUUUAGCCGGAAGUCACACCUCAUUAGACAUCAGAGGACACAUUCAGGAGAGAAGCCUUAUGUUUGCAGAAAGUGUGGGCGCUGCUUCAGUCGGAAGUCAAACCUCGUCAGACAUCAGAGGACACACUCAAGGUAGAAACUUUGUGUGUACAAGGAGGGUUGUGAAACCUUUAGCCAGGAGUCACACUUCAUCAGACGUCAGAGGACACACACAGGGCUGUGACUUUAAGUCAGCCUCUGCUAGACACCCAAGUGGCAAUAACUUAUGUGUGAUAGUAAUGUGCCUGAGACUGCAUUAGUAAGAGACAGGUCUCCAGUACACCUGAAGGAGAAUUGCUGAGCCAUUUUCAGCUCUGCCCUUCCUCAGUGGGGAUGGUGGAUUGUGGAAGGUCUGUGAGGCUAUUUGAUUGAGGAAGUACUUUUAAUUGCCCAGGCAGAU